UACAUUCUUCUCACACUCACUUCUUCUUCCCUUUACAACCUUAAACAUGACAACUACAACUACUUCCUCCCUCUUCUUCCUUCUCUCUCUCCUCACUUUUUCUCUCAUUUCCUCUUCACCCCUUCAAGACCCUGAUUUGGUUACACAAGAAGUUAACAGGAAAAUCAAUGGCUCAUUAGCUAGGAGAAAUUUGGGGUACCUCUCAUGUGGAAGUGGAAACCCAAUUGAUGAUUGUUGGAGAUGUGACCCAAACUGGGAAAAAAACAGACAAAGGCUAGCAGAUUGUGCAAUUGGGUUCGGUAAGAAUGCCAUUGGUGGUAAAAAUGGUAAAAUCUACGUCGUAACAGAUUCCGGUGACGACGAUCCAGUGACUCCAAAACCCGGUACACUUCGUUUCGCUGUGAUUCAAGAUGAACCAUUAUGGAUAAUCUUUGCAAGAGACAUGGUGAUUCAGCUAAAAGAAGAGCUUAUAAUGAAUUCAUUCAAGACCAUUGAUGGAAGAGGAGCUAGUGUUCACAUUGCUGGUGGUCCAUGUAUUACAAUUCAGUAUGUGACUAAUGUUAUAAUACAUGGUAUACAUAUACAUGAUUGUAAACAAGGUGGGAAUGCUAUGGUGAGGGAUUCUCCAGGACAUUAUGGGUGGAGAACAGUAUCAGACGGUGAUGGUGUUUCAAUCUUUGGUGGUAGUCAUGUUUGGGUGGAUCAUUGUUCUUUGUCUAACUGUAAUGAUGGUUUGAUUGAUGCUAUUCAUGGGUCCACUGCAAUUACCAUCUCUAACAAUUAUAUGACUCACCAUGAUAAAGUUAUGCUUUUGGGUCAUAGUGAUACUUAUACUCAAGACAAGAACAUGCAAGUUACUAUUGCUUUUAAUCACUUUGGUGAAGGCCUUGUUCAAAGAAUGCCAAGGUGUAGGCAUGGUUAUUUUCAUGUGGUAAACAAUGACUAUACUCACUGGGAAAUGUAUGCUAUUGGGGGAAGUGCUAACCCUACCAUCAAUAGCCAAGGAAACAGAUUUGUAGCCCCCGAUGACAGAUUCAGCAAAGAGGUGACAAAGCAUGAGGAUGCACCAGAAGGUGAAUGGAAAGGAUGGAAUUGGAGAUCAGAAGGGGAUUUAUUGAUAAAUGGUGCAUUUUUUACACCAUCAGGAGCAGGAGGAGCAUCAUCAAGCUAUGCAAGAGCAUCAAGUUUAAGUGCAAGACCAUCUUCUCUAGUUGGUACAAUAACGACUGGUGCUGGUGUACUUGGUUGUAAGAAAGGUUCUCGUUGCUGAUUAUGACCCCUCGAGCAAACAACUGUCUCUGCAGGCUGGUCAAUUAAUUCAAGGGAGGGAGGGAAGUUGGAAAAAGAAUGACAACAACAACUAUAUAAUAGAUUGAUUAAUUAAUUAUAGUAUAUGGUUUGGUUUGGUCAUUUCUUUGGCUAGGAAAAUAUAUUUUUAUUUUUGGAUUUUUCUGAUUUGAUGUAGUUUUUUCAUGAUUACUAGUACAACCUCUAGUUGUUAAUCUCUUUGGAAUCAAAUCUGAAAAAUCUUGUCCAAGAGAAAGCAAUUGCAGAAGAGUUGAUAUGAAUCUGAUAUUGUAAAAUUAUUGGUAUUACAUGUUUCUAUGUUGAUCUCAA